UCCCGAGUUUCUCUCUCUUGGCUACGCCUUUUUUUUGGCGUAGAUUUCUAGAGAGAGAAACAUAGAACCAAGGAGUACAAAGGUUGGUGGCUCUGGAGAUUUUCCGAGAUUCAUCGUUCCGAUCAUUCGUACGAUUUCUCUCCGCUCUCCCUACAGAGGAUCCGGGCUCUUGGUAUGCCUGCUAUGGCUUCUACAGCAACUGCCACGUCUACAGUUCGCUAUGCACCCGAAGAUCCGACUCUUCCCAAGCCAUGGAAAGGUCUUGUUGAUGGUAGAACUGGGUAUCUGUACUUCUGGAAUCCUGAGACCAAUGUUACCCAGUAUGAGAGACCAAGUUUCUCGGCUCCUCCUCCCAAGAGUUCUUCUGUCUCGAUAAAUUCUUCUGUUCAGGUUCAACAAUCUUCUUCUGGACAACACCGUGGUUACAGUCCUGGCAACAAGGAUGAUAAAUCUGGUAGAGAAAGUGAUGAUGGGUCCAAGGUUGAAUCUGGAUCAAGGUUUACCGAGAGACCACCAUAUUUUGAAGACACCUCAAAUGGACUAGGAAAUUCUGCAUUCGGUGGAUCAUCAGCCAGAGGACCACCAUCAGCUGCAGCUGCAGGAAAUGGGCUGUCUUCAGAGGCUUAUCGUAGUCGUCAUGAAAUAACUGUCACUGGGGACCUGGUACCGCCACCUUUAAUGUCUUUUGAAGAUGCUGGUUUUCCUCCAGAGCUUCUGCGGGAGGUACACAGUGCUGGAUUUUCUGCUCCAACUCCAAUUCAAGCUCAGUCAUGGCCAAUUGCAUUGCAAAGUAGAGACAUAGUAGCCAUUGCUAAAACAGGCUCUGGAAAAACGUUGGGUUACUUGAUUCCAGGGUUUAUGCAUAUCAAACGCUUCCACAGUGAUCCACGAAUGGGUCCGACAGUUCUGGUAUUGUCACCAACAAGGGAGUUGGCCACACAGAUUCAAGAUGAAGCUGUUAAGUUUGGGAAGUCAUUGAGAAUUUCUUGUGCGUGUUUGUAUGGUGGCGCACCAAAGGGUCCUCAACUUAGAGAGAUAGAAAGAGGAGUAGAUAUUGUUGUCGCAACUCCUGGACGAUUGAACGAUAUCCUCGAAAUGAGGAGAAUCAGCCUUCAUCAGGUCUCUUAUCUUGUACUAGAUGAGGCAGAUCGAAUGUUGGAUAUGGGAUUUGAGCCUCAGAUAAGGAAGAUAGUGAAAGAGGUUCCUACUAAGCGCCAGACCCUCAUGUACACAGCAACAUGGCCAAAGGAGGUGAGGAAAAUUGCAGCUGACCUCCUUGUCAACCCUGUCCAGGUGAACAUUGGCAAUGUUGAUGAGCUUGUGGCGAACAAGUCCAUUACACAGCAUGUUGAAGUUGUGGCGCCAAUGGAGAAACAUCGAAGGCUAGAGCAGAUAUUGAGGUCUCAAGAACCUGGUUCAAAGAUCAUAAUUUUCUGCUCAACCAAGAAGAUGUGUGAUCAACUAGCACGUAAUCUGACCCGUCAAUUUGGAGCUGCUGCUAUACAUGGAGACAAGUCCCAGGGUGAGAGGGACUAUGUACUGAAUCAGUUUCGUACGGGCAGGGCUCCCGUGCUUGUGGCGACUGAUGUUGCUGCUCGUGGACUUGACAUUAAAGACAUCAGGGUGGUCAUCAAUUAUGAUUUUCCCACUGGAAUAGAGGAUUAUGUUCACAGAAUCGGAAGAACUGGAAGAGCUGGAGCAACUGGGCUGGCACACACAUUCAUUGGGGAGCAAGAUGGAAAGCAUGCAUCGGAUCUGAUAAAGAUUCUAGAAGGAGCAAAUCAGCGAGUGCCUCCCGAGAUACGUGAAAUGGCUUCACGGAGUGGUGGAAUGAACAAGGUGAGGCGCUGGGGACCUGCCUCUGGGGGUAGGAAUGGAGGGUCUGGCUAUGGUGGACGUGAUUAUGCGUAUGGAGGGCGUGGUGAUUCUGGUCAUGGGGGGAGAGGUAGCUGGGGUUCGCGUGACAGGUAUUAUGAGAACGGAAGAGAGAGAGAGAGGAGCAGAAGCCCUACGAGAAGCAGUAGUUAUGGAUGGGGCGGCAGCAGGGAUCGUGAAAGGGGACCACCUCCACCUUCCACCCGUAGCUUCCAUUAGGCUAUGGUGAUGAGGCUCUCUUCGUUUUAGGUGCUAAAUGUCUGAAAAGCCGCCAUCUUUCUCCCUCGGUUUCAAAUUAUUCUUUUUUUAUUUCCUUUGGGAUUCUCUGUGUUUCCAUGCCGUUAGUGAAAGGCUUCAAGAUGGGCAGUUGACCAAAUGUUUCUUUUUCUUGUUAGUUACGGGAUGCUAAUUUUAAGAGAACGUGCUUCUGUUUUUACCUUA